UGGUAACUAACUAUUUAGAGUGCGGAGUUCGUGCGAACAUGAUGGCAGUGUUUGAGUGAUAAAAAGCUUCAUGGACAGCAGAACAUCGAAGCGGCUAAAGUUUUCUAUCAUUUUUGCGUCAAUAAAGCAACCGUUUUAAUAUAAUAGGUUUAUCUAUUGUUGGCUGUUCGAAGUAGAAGGAACUGUAAUCGCUUAAAUGCUAUAGGAAGCGUCGGAAGGAGUCUCAAAAGGCAUUUUUGUUUAUUCGCAUUAUAAAGGCGCGCAGUUAACUGAGAAACUUCGAUAUGACAAUUUGAUGCAAAAUGGCACUUUCCCAGCCUGCAGGUGGACAUAUACCCAUUUGUGGAACCAAGAGGAAGGAGAUUUAUAAGUAUGACGCGCAAUGGACAUUGUACGGCAUGAACUGGAGUGUACGACCAGACAAAAGAUUUAGGCUGGCACUUGGCAGUUUUGUCGAAGAAUAUAGUAACAAAGUGCAGAUUGUGCAGUUGGAGGAAGAGAGUGGAGAGUUUUCUGUGAGGGCAAACUUCGAUCAUCCCUACCCAACAACUAAGAUUAUCUGGAUUCCAGACAAUAAAGGUGUUUACCCUGAUCUUGUAGCAACUUCUGGGGAUUAUUUACGAGUUUGGAGAGUUGGUACUGAGGAAGUUAGGCUGGAAUCGUUAUUAAACAACAACAAAAACUCAGACUAUUGUGCUCCUCUUACCUCAUUUGACUGGAAUGAAAUCGAUCCAAAUCUUCUUGGAACCUCUAGUAUUGACACAACCUGUACUAUUUGGGGGCUGGAAACAGGCCAACCAAUUGGAAGAGUUCAAGGACAUGUCAAAACACAACUUAUUGCACAUGACAAAGAGGUUUAUGAUAUUGCUUUUAGCCGUGCUUUUGGUGGCCGUGAUCUGUUUGCCUCAGUUGGAGCUGAUGGCUCUGUGAGAAUGUUUGAUUUGCGACAUUUGGAACAUUCCACAAUAAUUUAUGAAGAUCCACAGCAUACUUCAUUGUUACGUCUUUCAUGGAACAAGCAGGAUCCAAACUAUUUAGCAACAUUUGGCCUAGAUAGCCUAGAGGUUAUUAUCCUUGACAUCAGGGUGCCUUGUACUCCUGUUGCUAGGCUAAGCAACCAUCGUGCAUCCAUUAAUGGAAUUGCAUGGGCUCCACAUUCCUCUUGUCAUAUUUGUACUGCAGGGGAUGACCAGCAAGCACUAAUUUGGGAUAUACAGCAAAUGCCAAGUGCUAUUGAGGAUCCAAUCUUGGCAUACACAGCAGAAGGAGAAAUUAACCAAAUUCAAUGGGCUUCAAAUCAGCCAGAAUGGAUUGCAAUUUGCUACGGAAAUCAUCUCGAAAUUCUAAGAGUCUGAUUUGUGCAAAAGACUCAAGAGUACCUUAUGUGUAUUCUUUCAAUCCAUAGGUCAUAUUUUUCUAGUACAGAGAUAAGGUCAGAAUUACUUUGGCUUUCUUAGCAAAUGGACACAAAGACAAGCAAAACAGAUUUUUAUCCUGCCAUAAGUAUUAUUGACCAAGACCAUUCUGUACAAAACUUCAAGAUUUGUUUCAUUAUGACAUCUUCAUAAUAAGAUGCAUAAUAGUAAACCUUAAGUAAAACUUUUCCAAAUGAUUUUUUGUUAGUAGGACUUGAGAUUUAUUUAUGUUGGUCAGCUUCUUGUACAGUAUAAAUCAUGUUGUUGGUGUCAAA